AAAUUGGAUUGUACUCUUUUUCGUUAUCCUCUUCGUACAAUUCAAGAUUCUAAGGAUUCCGAAAUUUCAAAGAAUGAAUAUAAUCCAUCAAAGAUAUUAGAAAUGUUUGACAAAUUUUAUGAAAAUGAAAGCAUAAAUUGUCUACUUUUUUUGAAAUAUGUUGAAAAUAUCAAAUUUUUUGAGUUAAAAGAAAAUGAGACAAUUCCAAAGUUACUCUAUUCAAUAGAGAUUGUAAAUGCAAAACAAAUAUGUAAGAAACGUAGGUUAAUUGCUGAAAGGAUCGUUUCCUUAAUGAAAGAACUUGAUGAAAAAAAACUCUCUGGUAACACUGCCUUGGAAUCUAUGUUUAUUGCAACUUUCCGUCAACAAAAAAAUGAUGAAAAACCACAAGAAAGUGAAUGGAUUAUUUUUUCUAUGCUUGGUGAUUUAAAUACGACUGCAAAUCAUUUUCAAGAAACUUUUAAAAAGAAUUUAAUUGAUUAUAAACUUAUUCCAAAUGUUGGAAUUGCUGUUCAGCUUAAUAAUCCCGAAGCUAUUGGAAAAUUAUUUUGCUUUCUUCCUCUUCCGAUAUCAAUUCCUUUUCGUGUUUCUCUACAUGGUCAUUUUGCUGUCAGCACAAAUCGACGUUCAUUAUGGUCCGCUGCUGAUGGCGAAGACUUGGCUGAAGGUACAUUAGCUAAACUCAAAGUUUCAUGGAAUGAAUACCUUUUCAAUAAUAUAAUUCCACAAGCUUGGGCAAAAUUUUUAAUCCAACUUGAUUUCGAGGUACCUAGCAUCGAGGCCAAAGAAAUUUAUAGUUUUUGGCCGAUUAUUAAAGAAUCUAAAUCUAGAAGUUUCGUAAAUAAUCAAUGCAAUAAACUUUUAUUAAAUACUAUCGAAAAUUUCAACAUUAAAGAUAAAGUUUUUUGCGGUCCUCCAAAAUCUUGCUCACUUGGAGACAUGACUGGUAUAUUACCUUCAUAUUCAAAGGUUCAAUUGUCCUGUGGAAAUCUGUUUCAUAUAUUAUCAAUCGAAAAUGGGUUUCUUCCUGAUGAAUCUGCGAAUCUUAAGAUUUCAAACAUACUUGAAAGUAUAGGAUUUCCUAUGAUUAAGAUUGAUCCUAAAAUAUAUGAAGAAUUAAAAAAAUCCAAGCAUAAAAAAUUUUUAAAUAUUUGUUCUCCACAUUUCGUUAGAAUGUAUCUUCUUAAUAAUAAAUCAAGAUGGGAAAACCAAAAAAGAGAUGUAAUUAUAUCGUUAUUUGAAUAUGUACUGAGAGAUAAAAAUUAUACGGAAUUGGAAGGUCUUGCAAUGAUUCCAUUAUCUGAUGGAACUUUUGGAACAAUUUUACAACCGAAAAAAUUUACCUCUUAUUUUGGAAUUAUACCAAAAUCAAAGAAUCUUAUUGCUUAUAUUGGACCAGAUAAUAAUAUUUCCAUUGGAGAUAAUGAUGAACGAAAAAUAUUUGGAAAAAGUUUGAACAAAUUUAUUGAUAAAAAUAUUCCUUCCGAAUUAUGGGAUUUAUUAUAUAAAGGUGCUCGAGAAGGAUGGGACCUCAAUAUUAAGAUCCUAGAACCUUCCGUAGUGGUAGAUCUAAUAACGAAAGAAUCGAAUGGACUUUCAACUGGAUGUGAUGAAAUUCCAUUAAAUAAUUCUUUUGAUUUGAUUUUUAAAAUUUGGGCAAAUUUUAAAGAAAGGGACUAUGAUUUGACUGAAUUUGAGAAUGUUCAUCUAAUACCUACUAAUAGCGAUACUCUUAGAAAAUUAAAAACCAAUCAAAAAUGUUUUUGGAAUAUUGUUGAUAAUAAACUUGAUAAUGAUGUACAACCUCUCAUUGAGAGAUUUGGUGUCAUUUUCGUUGAUAAGCAAUUUGAGAAACUUGAUAUUUAUAACAAAUCAAAGUACCUUGAAAAUUUAACCGAGGUUUUAGUUUGCUUACGUACAGCUACUACAUUCCCAAAAAAUGUUCAGAUAAAGUUACAACCUCAAGAAGUGGAAAUAAUGAUUAAUUAUUUACUUCGGUUUAACUCUAAUAAUCCUUUAGAUAAAUUAAUCGAAAAUCUUCCAAUUUUUACUGAAGUUGGUAAAGAAGAGUUUAUCGCACUUGAAGCUAAUAGAAGUUGGUAUUUACUUCCUAGUGAAGAUGAGAAAGAUUAUGGAAAAAUAAUAACACCAAAUUCAGUGGGAUUUCUUGAUGCAACAACACCUAAUAAAAGAUUUCUUUUGGAAACUAUCGUAAAAGUUAAACGAUUAUCAAGACAAGAUUAUUGGACUAAAUUUGUGAUUCCAUAUUUGGGAAGUCAAACUUUGGAAACAAUUGAAAUUGUUAUUAUAAAACUAUUUGAACGGUUACCAUUUCUACUUUCAAAGGAUCCAAAUUUAAAAUCUAUUUUAGGAAAUAUGGCAUUUAUACCAACAAGCACUAUUCUUAAUACACAACAAAGACAAGAAUCAAAUAUUGAAUUAAAAAAACCUAUCGAACUAUUUGAUCCUGAUAAUAAAUAUAUUAGAGAAUUAUUUUUUGAUAAUGAACGUUUAUUUCCUGCCAAAAUUUUUGAAGAAAAAUUUCGAGAUAACUUUUUAACAUCAUUAAAAACUCUAGGAAUGAAAACAUGUCUUUCUUCAUUUGAUAUUAUUAAACGAUUUGAUGAAUUUGAAAAACGAAGGAAUAAUGAAAAAGAUAUUGUACACCAAAUAUCUUUAAAAUUAGUUCAAUAUAUUGAUAAGAAUUAUAAUAGACUUUUCGAAACUAAUUUACUUCAAAUGAAUGGGACUUCAGGUCAUUAUAUUUUAAACGGUGGAUUUUCAUUAAAAUUACUCGCAACAAAAUGGAUUCCAACAGUUGAUUCCACUGGUAAAAAAUUAUUUUCAACAUCAUACGAAUGUCGAAGUAUAAAACUUAAAAAUUUGGUGGGGUUUGUAAUGCCAAUUAUUGAGUAUACUUUUGAGAACAAAUCUUUCAGCGACCAUAUAGGUUGUGAUUUAUGCCCUCCCGAAGAUAAAGUUAUCGCGCAACUUAUAACUUGUUCAUCCAUGAAAACGAUACAUGAGAAUAGUUCCAAAAUAUGCGAAGCAGUAUAUAGAUAUAUGAAUGAAUGGAUGGAUAAUACUUCAGUGUUGGCAAAAUUUAAAGAAAAACUUAAAGACAAAAAAUGGAUUUUUUGCAAUGAUAAAUUUUAUUCUCAAGAAAGUGUCGUGAUUGAGCUUGAUAAAAGUUUGGGCAGUAAUGAAAUAAUCAUUGAACUUCCCCAUGAAUUUAAACCAUUUAAAGGAUUAUUUAAAGAGAUGGGAGUCAAACAAAAAAUGGGUGUACCUGAUUUAAUCAAUAUCAUAAAAGGUUUUCACUCUACAAAGUCAAAAUCGAAUGAAGAGUUACAAAAUUCGACUGAUUCUCUAUCAAAUGAAGAAUCACAAAAUUCUAUUGAUUCAAUUUUGAAUGAAGAAUCCACUGAUUCUGUAAAGAUUCUAUCGAAUGAAGAAUUACACAAGGUGGUAGGAGUAAUUGAAUUAAUCGCAAAUAGAAUUGAUGAGCAAAGUAAUUUUCAUGAAAGUUUAGAAGAAUUAUUGAUACCAAAUACAAAUCUUCAAUUGGUGAAUUUAUAUGAGAUUUAUUAUGAUGAUAUGAGAGAAAGGUUAAGUGAUGACGAUAAAAAUGGAUUAAACAUAGCACAUUCUUCGAUCUCUUAUUCUGUUGCAAAAACUCUUGGGAUGAAAAUGCUUGCUGGAAAUGUUAUUGAAGUUUAUGAACAACAUGAACAAUUAGCUGUUAGAAUACGUAAUAUCAUUAAUGAUUAUUCACUUGGAUCGAUAUUUAACGAAUUCCUACAGAAUGCAGAUGAUGCGGGAGCAAGAAAAAUUUGCUUUAUUAUUGAUGAAAGAGAUUACAGAAAAUCAAAUAAAUUUUCAAUUUUUAACUUGCUUAAUAAUAAAAAUACGGAAAAACAAAGUUCAUUAUUAUCUGAUGAAAUGAAUCAAUGGCAAGGUCCAGCUUUAUGGAUAUAUAACGAUUCAGAAUUUACUCCACAUGAUUUUAAUUCAAUAAUAAAACUUGGUAUGGGAGGAAAGAAGGAUGAUAGAACAAAAAUAGGAAGAUUUGGAGUUGGAUUUAAUUGCGUUUAUCAUUUGACCGAUGUUCCUAGCUUUGUUAGUGGUGAGCAUAUAGUUUUCUUUGACCCACUGGAAAAAUGUUUACCAAAAACCGGAAAUCCACCUCGUAGUCGUCGUGGAAUAAAAUUUAACUUUAUCGAAAAAAAUUUCAAAAAACGAUUUGAAGAUCAAGCAUUCCCAUAUGCUGCAAUUUUUGGUUGUGAACUUAAAGAGAAAUUUAAUGGAACUUUAUUCAGAAUACCUUUAAGAACCACAUCAAGUGAAUUAUCAAAUCAGGUAUUAAAACCGCAAGAAUUAAGAAACAAACUUUUUGAAAAUGUACAAGCAAAUCGUGAAUUGUUAUUUUUAAGAAAUAUUGAACAAUGUAGUUUAUACCAAAUUAAUGUAAUAGAUAAAUUAGAUUUAGUUUGGAAUGCAAAAAUUCAAAAUAUUAAUGAUAAUAUUCGUGAACGUCGUAUUUCACAUUCAAAUGAAGCGAAAAUAUAUCAACUAGAAAUGGAAAUGUAUUGUAAACAUAGUAGGCUCCAUAGGAAUGGUAAAAGUUCGGAAAGUUGGAUAAUCUGCUCUGGUGGUGUUGCUGCAUUAUUGUCUCAGGAAGAUGCCAGAUCACCGGAUGCAGAAAAGUCUUCCAAUAUUCCAGAACUCAAUGGAAGAGUUUAUUCGUAUCUUUCACUUCCAAUUUCUACAUCCCUAGGUGUUCAUAUUAAUGGAACAUUUUAUCUAUCUACUGACAGAAAGAACGUUUUACAAGCUGACAGUGAUCUCUUAACAGCAGACACAAAAGAAGGAGAAUGGAAUAGAUAUAUUUUACUGGACGUUUUGCCCCCAUUACACUCAAAACUCCUAGAACAUAUAGCUAAUCAAUUGAAAUUGCCAUUUAAUGGCCAAACAUCUACGCGACUGUGGCCAAUACAACCUUCAACUAAAGGUAUAUAUCAAACAUAUGGAUUAAAUGUGCUUCGAGGAUUAUACAUUAAAAGAUAUAAAGUCUUUUGGACUGAAGCAAAUGGAGGUGCUCUAAUUCCAUUAGAUAAAGGAU